GAAGAUCCCACAACUGAGGAGGAACAAAGGUCAAAUUCUGAAAACAAAAGCAGAAAAGGUCGAAAUAAAUUAUCGAGUUUUUUACUAACGAUUCUGACAAUGUUUACAUUUAUAUCUGGAUCAUAUGGGUCAAGAGCUCAAAUUACAACCUUAGAACAUGAGCGCCCUAUCUAUUAUGAUGCAAUCGGUAAAAUGCAGAUGGAACACAAUGAAUGGACUUUAAUUAUGUAUUACAACAUAACAACGUACUGGGAAGGAACUCGUCGUGUCGAAAACUAUUUUAAUUCCGUGAAAGAUUUGUGUCACAGUGCGAACAUACAAAACUGCAGAACUAUCGUAGAACAAUUAAGUCACGAGAUAGAACUGCUCGGUCAUUAUAACUCGAUUUUGAUAAAUCCGCACAAACAUUUGACUAGCAGAAAGAAACGCGGUUUGGUGGACGGAGUGGGCUACGUAGCCAAUAGCUUGUUUGGAAUUUUGGACCAACGUUUUGCUGAAAAAUAUGAAAAUGACAUACAAAGAAUUCAGAGUAACGAGGACUAUUUACUUGAGCUAAUAAAAAACCAAACUAGCAUCGUGGAAUUAGAAAACAAAGUACUGAAGAAAAGUGAAGAUAACAUUCAACGGCAAUUCGAUAUGAUGGACCGCUUUGUCAACCAAACUAACUUAAACAUGGCAACAAUUAGAACGGAAAUGCAGAUUCUCUCCGCUACUACCUAUUUGAACUCGGCAUCAUUGACUGUGUAUCUUCUCAUCAACAGCUUAAAGACUUUCCAAAACAUGCUGUUCAAUUCGCUUACAAACGUCUACCAAGGACAUAUAGAUGUGCACCUGAUAUCUCCAGCUCAUCUUAUACAGCAAUUGAACGAAAUAUCCGGGAGAAUUCCGAAAGACUUAUCAUUACCUGUAGAAAACUAUAAAGAAGAUAUAAAGGAUCUCUACACGUUGAUAUAUGUGAAGGCGCGAGUCACCGAAAACUAUUUUCUUUUUGAAAUGCAUAUACCACUUGUGUCAAAUGAAGAUUUCAACUUAUACAGGACAAUACCAUUGCCUGUGAAAAACAAUGAAAACUACGCAUAUAUACGAAUUUCCUCGAAAUACAUCGCAGUGAACUUAGAGAAAAAUAUAUACAUUUCGCUAGAAGAAGAUGAUCUUAAGACCUGUCUCCAAAAAAGCUCAGAUAAAAUUAUAUGCAAAACAAAUAAACCUAUUUUUGACUUGCAUAGCAACGGAGCUCCAUGUGAAGCUAAAUUACUGUCACAUCAAAACCUCGAGCCCUGUGACGUCAAAAGCGCGUCAUGCAAGGACGCGUGGCUCGAGUUGCAUUCGUCGAACAAGUGGCUCGUCAUAUGCUGCGAUACGUGCACUUUACGAUCCAUAUGUGACAGUGACGUGACCUCACAUACUAUGACGUCAUCGGGAAUAGUAUCGCUGCCACAAGGAUGUGUACUCCAGUCGAAUGACUUAACGAUAUACGCGCAUAAUCGUUACAACAACCGUUUGAAGUUAGAUUAUGAGGUUGCAAUCUACAGCACGUGA